AUGGCUAAAGUUAGAGGUAGAAGAUUACAAAAAAAAAAGGAAGAGGAAGAAUUCAAACCUGAAGAACAAGUUUCUACUUAUAAUGAUUCCAACUAUGAACAAGAUGAUGAUCAACCUGAUGGCCAAAAGCAAGUAUUUUUCGGUGUUCUAGAUAGAGAAGAAUUAGAAUACUUUAAACAAGCUGAAUCCACGUUGUCUAUGGAUGCUUUUGAAACUCCUGAAGAACAACAUCAAUUUAUUAUUAGUGUCAUUGAAGAAGCCAAAGGUAAAGAACUGAAAUUAGUCACUUCUCAAAUUUGUUCCAAGUUGAUGGAGCGUAUUAUUCUUGCGGCUAAUGAUAUUCAGUUGAAAACUAUCUUUAAGGCUUUCAAUGGGUUUUUCUAUGGUCUUUCUUGUCAUAAAUAUGCUUCUCAUGUUUUAGAAACUCUAUUAGUUAGAAGUGCAGCUUUAGUAGAAAAGGAAUUCCUCACACCAAGUUUUGAUGAAGAAGGUCAGUCUGCAGAAGAUUAUGAAGAUUUAGGAACUAUGGAAAAUCUAUUUUUAUUUAUGCUGAAUGAAUUCAAACCACAUUUGAAAGAAAUGAUUAACCAUCAAUAUUCCUCUCAUGUUUUAAGAUUAUUAAUUUUAAUUUUGUCUUCCAAAAACUUACCAAGUAGUACAAAGAGUAAUUCUACUUUACGUUCCAAGAAAUCUAAAAUCGCUCGUAAAAUGAUCGAUAUUAAAGAUAAUCAAGAUUUUGAUAAAGCCUACCAAACACCGGAAUCUUUUAAAUUAGCAUUACGUGAAAUGCUAUCCGAACUAUAUGGUUCAUUUACUAAUGGUGCUAAAAAAUCAGAAAUAACUCAAACUAUGGUUACUAAAUUCAGAGAAUUUUGUGUUGAUAAAGUUGCAUCUCCAGUCAUCCAAUUAAUUAUUCAAGUUGAAGGUAUCUUUGAUAGAGAUCGUUCCUUCUGGAGAUUAGUGUUUAGUACAUCUGAAGAAAAAGAUCCAAAGGAAGAAUCUUUUAUGGAAUAUUUACUAUCGGAUCCUGUUGGAUCUCAUUUCUUACAAAGUAUGAUAGAAUCAGGUAGAUUAAAAUAUGUGGAAAGACUUUAUAAGUUAUACAUGAAAGAUCGUAUUGUAAAACUUGCUAAGAGAGAUACAACUGGUUCAUUUAUUGUUCAAACGUUAUUGAAAACAUUGAAAGAUAGAGAUGUUAAGCAUAUUUUAGAUGACGUUGUCCCUGAAUUAAGCAUCUUGCUAAAUUCUAAUAUGGAUUUUGGUACUACCAUUAUUAAUUCUUCUAUUAAACAAGAAAAUUAUCUAAGAGACGAUAUAAUUUCUCAAUUAGUUCAAAAAUAUUAUUCCAGUUCUGAUAAAAAUAUUUUGGAAAGUUGCCUAUUAUUAAGCUCAUCAACAUUAGGUAACACAAGAGGGGAUUGGCCUACAGCAGAAGAAAGAAGAAGAUCUUUAUUCUUGGAAGAGUUAAUUGAUUAUGAUGAUAAAUUUUUAAAGAUUACAAUCGAAAGUAUGUUGGGUUUACCUGAAGAAAGAUUUCUACAAAUGUGUUAUCAUGGUGUGUUCUCACAUGUUGUUGAACAUGUUUUAGAUCCUAAAAGAGUGGAUACCAUUAUGAGAAAACGUCUAUUGAAUAUUCUAUGUAGAGAUUCAGUAAAUUUGUCUUGCAAUGCAUAUGGUUCUCAUAUAAUGGAUAAAUUAUGGACUUUUACAGCAAAAUUAACCUUAUAUAAAGAGCGUAUUGCAGGUGAAUUAUCUAAAGAAAGUGAAAAAGUUAAGAAUAGUAUCUAUGGUAAACAAGUUUGGAAGAAUUGGAAUUUAGAAUUAUAUUUUAGAAAGAAAUGGGAUUGGAAGAAAUUAAUUAAGGAACAAGAUUUAGAAAUUUUCCCUGAUUCUAAACCUUUACAACCAAAAACAAAAGAAGAAUUGGAAAGUAGAAAGCCAUCUCAUAAAAGGGGCCGUUAUGAUAGAGAAGGUAAUUAUAUCAAGGGGGAUAACAACUCGUUUAAAAAAUCUAGAAGAUAG